ACACACACACGCAUCAAGCUUGAUCAUGUCUGCUGAGGUCGAAGAGUCAACACCCACCCAAGCCCCUGCUCCUGCUCCUGCAGCAACCAAAACCAAGAAGGCAUCGGCGAAUAAGGCAAAACCUGCCGUAGCUGCUUCUCCAGCUAAAAAGAAGAAAAAGAAGAGCAAGGGGCCCGGCAAGUACAGCCAGCUCGUCAUCGACGCGAUCCGCGCCCUGGGGGAGAAAAACGGCUCGUCGCUUUUCAAGAUCUACAAUGAAGCGAAGAAAGUGAGCUGGUUUGAUCAGCAGAACGGUCGCGUGUAUCUGCGCUACUCCAUCCGCGCGCUGCUGCUCAACGACACCCUCGUGCAGGUCAAGGGACUGGGAGCCAACGGCUCGUUCAAGCUCAACAAAAAGAAAUUUGAGAAAAAGCCAAAGAAGAAGAGUGCCGCCAAGGCGACCAAGACAGAAAAACCUGCAAAGUCGGCUUCCAAAAAAGACGUGACCAAGAAAGCGACUCCAAAGAAGAGCGCCAAAAAGAGCCCCGCUAAAAAGAAGACCGCGAAGAAGACGACACCCAAACCGAAGAAAGCAGCUGCCAAAAAGCCAAAAGUUGCGGCGAAGAAGGCAACCAAGGCGAAGAAAUCAAAAUAGACUUUCCUUGAAAUUGAAGAAUUUAUAUUUUUGUAUAUAGCUUAACGGCUAGAGAAGCCAGAUACGCUUUUUAUUUUUGAUAUAUUUUGAUAUUUCUGUUGACUUAUGUAUGCUGUCAUUCGGGGUUUGAAUGUACUAAGGAACGGCUUCAUAAUAGAGACACACCCACUUUAGUUUCUGCACCGCCGGGCGUCACAAUUUCCUGAAAUCAAAGUGACUUUGUUUCGUUUGCUGCGCUAAACAGGACACUCGGUACUAGCGAAAUAGACGAAGAUGAACGCUUUGCAAAUAUAAGCUAAACAGUGUUUUUUUUUAUUAUGUUUUUUUUAAAUGCUACUGAACUGCAAAAACAUGUCAAAUAAACCUGUUUAUAAAAAUGGCUGCACAA